UUUCAUCUUGAUAGAAAGGUGUUAUUAAUGAAUCUAUGGGGAAAAUAGACAAAUAUUUUCCAGAGGUAGAAUCCGCCACUUGGAUCAAAUGUGCUUCUCGAUAUAGCCAACGCAGCGCUAAGGAAAAGGGAAAUGACCGCUGGAUAUAUACCGGGGAACUUUCCUCGUUGUCUCGGAAAAAUUGGGUUUCAAGCAAGGAGAAAGGAAACACGGAACCGAACGGCCUUCUCCGCCCACGAGAGCCAAGAAUUUCCCAUGCCCGGUUCUGGCGCCAGAGCCAUGCCCUCGGCUGUCAUUUUUGAACGUCAUUUUUCAACGUCAUUUUCCCUUUUUCCAAACAGGGAAUUACGGCUUCUUAUCGGACAGAAUAUUUCCCUCACAUGGUUUCUCUUCGAUUUCGUCUAACUGUGCAAGUUUAACAGGCGAAUAAUCGGAUGCAAGCGGCACUUCCGAUUGUGUGGACUGUCGAAGUCCGAAGAACGGUAGUAUUAAAGUUAUCUGAUCGCGGGUCCGUCACAUGGCCUCUCGCGUUCUCCCUCGCUGAUUGACAGGAGUUUGUCGGGUUUUGAUCGACCUAGCCCAAUAAGGAAUAGUGGCUCCAGGCCGCCGACCACCAGGGUUGAUUCGACCAACCGCAUUGGCUAGGUCGGAUCAGAUAAUUUUAACCGAGCUAUCCCGCGCAUUGGAUCAGAUAAGAUAAUUAUCCGGGACUGCUUGUUUUCCAGUUGGAUGGCCGGCAACGAGGUCCCUCCCAUCGGACGAUGCGUGGGGGUUCCGGCUCAGGUUCAAGACAAUAGUUCCAGUAUCCAUGGCGAGAAAAAAUUUUGGCCUUCUGCUCUUCAAGAAUCUAGCUGGCUCGGCCGAUGAUCGGUGUCCCACUGGCUCUUGUAUGAUAUGAAAGAAAAAUCAUUUCAACCUCUUGAAUUUUAUCUCCCUGCAUUACUUUUCAUCGUCCUUCGUCGAGAGAGUGUCUUCAAUAUCUUGCUUUCAAUUGAUUGAAGCCUAUUGAUCAUUGAGGAUGAGGAGCCCCUUCGGCGGAAGUAACAGAGCAGCUGAAGCUGGCACAGAGAAAUACCAACCAGACAUCGAAGCUUCCGACCGUGAGAAUGAUAAUAGUGACGGCAUCAGAAGUCCCACUGAAGCGGAGGAUGUCUCGAAGGAGGUUCAAGAUGGUGUGCGUAACAUGGAGGCUGCCACAUCAGUGUGGACAAAGUGGCAUCUAAUUGCAGCAUAUGUGAACAUUUGGCUCAUCUAUUUCGUCACCUCGAUGCAAGAAGUCGUUUUACGCUCCCUGAACCCCUAUGUGACCAGCUCCUUUUCACUCCAUUCAUUGACGGCGGCGACUACCGUCAUGUCGAGCAUCAUCGGAGGGCUGAGUAAAAUCCCUCUAGCCAAAAUAUUGGACACAUGGGGCAGACCCCAAGGGUUGGCUCUCACUCUCUUCAUUUGGGUUAUCGGGUACAUCAUGAUGGCAGCAUGCAAAAACGUCCAGACGUAUGCUGCUGCGCAAGUCUUUUCCGCCGUGGGAUCUCAGGGAGUCAGCUAUUGUAUGACCGUUUUUAUCGCCGACACCUCCUCCCUGAAGAACCGUUCGCUGAUGCUCGCGUUCGCUACCUCACCCUACGUUGCAACCACCUGGGUCGGCGGGCCGAUAUCCAAAAGUAUUAUCGAGGUGGCCGGCUGGCGCUGGGGCUUCGGUAUAUUCAGCAUCGUGGUUCCCGUGGUUGUCUCGCCUCUGUGCCUCAUUUUCCUUUUGAAUCACCGUAAAGCAAAGAAGGCUGGGAUAGUAUCCACCCCAGGCUCCGGUCGGAAAUUGAACCUCCAAAAUAUCAAGAAAUACGCCAUUGACGUCGAUCUUGUUGGAGUCAUUAUCUUGGCUAGCGGUAUGGCGCUGUUCCUCUUGCCAUUUAGUCUCUGGUCUUUUCAGGCAGAGAAGUGGAAGGCCCCCAUGAUUAUUUGCAUGAUCAUUUUUGGCGGCCUUCUGCUGAUAUUUUUCACAAUUUAUGAAAAAUAUCUCGCCAGGGUGACAUUUAUCCCCUUUAACCUUCUUAUGGACCGUACUGUUUUCUUCGCAGCCGUCUAUUUCUUCUUUGUCUUCUUCUGUGGUGCGGUCUGGGGCGGGUAUUUCUUCUCGAUGUUGCAGGUGGUGUGGGAGCUGGACAUCACCAAUGCAACUUAUGUUAGCAACAUUUAUCGUGUGGGCUCUUGUCUGUGGGCACUGGUGGUCGGUGUCCUAAUCCGCUGGACCGGUAGAUUUAAAUGGCUUGCGGUCUAUUUCGCGGUGCCUUUGAUGAUGCUUGGCGUCGGCCUCAUGAUUCACUUCCGCCAGCCAGGCGUAAACAUCGGAUACAUCGUCAUGACGCAGAUCUUCGUUGCCUUCGCCGGCGGUACGUGCGUCAUCACAGGCGAGAUGGCCAUGAUGGCGCCCUCAGACCACCAACACAUUGCCGUCAUAAUCGCGAUCCUCAACUUAUUCUCGAGCAUCGGCGGUGCCGUGGGAGGAACCGUGUCCACAGCUAUCUGGACCAGUCAGUUCCCGGCCGCACUCCACAAACAUCUUCCCCCGGGAACAGAUGUAAGCCGCAUUUAUGCCUCGAUUAUCACACAGCUGUCAUAUAAGCCUGGAACGGCCAUCCGAGACGGAAUUAGUAGAGCAUAUGGUGAUGCUCAACGCUACAUGCUCAUCACGAGCGUGUGUCUUCUUGCAGGUGCCUUGAUCUGCGCUGCAGCCUGGAGAGACAUUAAACUCAAGGAUAUAAAACAGGUAAAGGGAAGAGUGGUGUAAAGGAGAGUUGGGAUGACCAGAGUAACAACGAAAGAAAAGACUCCAACGUGGAUUCCACGAUUCGCUUCGGACUGUGGUGUGAGUCUGGAGUUCGUUUGAGAUUAACACCAAGAUCGGCGCGUGAACUUACUGAUGGUCAGGUUGCGACAGGAACCAAGAGGAUGUAAAUCUCAACAUUUAAACCUGAUAGCAGACAAUGAAGUUUUAAAUACCUAGACAU